ACAGUAUCAGAGAUAUUCUUUUCAAAAGGCAGCGAGUCAGUGAAAGCUGAAUAUCAUCCGCACACCUCGGCAAGAGUAUCAAGGAUUUUCUUUUCAAAAGGCAGGGAGUGAAGAGGAGAGAGAGAGAGAGAGAUGGCGGAGAGAGGGAGAGUGUGUGUUACGGGAGCGAGCGGCUUCAUCGGUUCCUGGUUAGUUCGUGUCCUCCUCGAUCGAGGAUACUCCGUCAAUGCCACCGUCCAACAUCUCGACGAUGAGAAAGAGACGAAGCAUCUACAAGCGCUGGAAGGCGCGGAAUCGCGGCUCCAGCUGUUCGAGAUGGACCUACUCGAUUACAACUCCCUUCGCCCUCCCAUCAAAGGAACCGUCGGCGUCUUCCACCUGGCAUGCCCCAACAUCAUCGAUCGCGUCCAAGAUCCCGAAAGAGAGCUCCUGAAACCAGCCGUCCAAGGGACGAUUAACGUUCUGGAAGCAGCGAAAGCGUGCGGUGUCAAUCGAGUCGUGGUGACGUCAUCUAGCGCGGCCAUCAUACCCAGCCCUGGAUGGCCUGCUGAUGUAAUCAAGAACGAGGAUUGUUGGACCGACGAAGAGUACUGCAGGAAGAAUGAGCUAUGGUAUCCGCUUUCGAAGACAUUGGCAGAAAAGGCAGCAUGGGAAUUUUCGAAGGAGAAAGGACUCGAUGUGGUUGCGAUUAAUCCUGGCACGGUCCUGGGUCCGAUCCUUCCUCCAGCUAUCAAUUCCAGCACAGCUGUUGUCAUUCGCCUUCUUCAAGGAUGCACUGAUACAUAUGAGAAUUUCUAUCUGGGAGCUGUUCAUGUUAAAGACGUUGCAUUAGCCCAUAUACUGGCGUAUGAGAAUCCAUCUGCAUCAGGAAGGCAUCUCUGUGCCGAGGCAUUAACACAUUUCAGCGAUUUUGCAGCAAAAGUGAAAGAACUUUAUCCAGAAUACAACGUGCCAAGCUUCCCUAAGGACACUCAACCUGGAUUACUGAGGGCUCAGAAUCCAAGUAAAAAGCUGAUUGCAUUGGGCCUCAACUUCAUCCCCAUGGAAGAAAUUAUCAAGGAUUCCGUGGAAAGCUUAAAGAGCAAAGGCUACGUCUAAAAGAUAGUUAUUUGUAUGGGAAAUGCAAUGUACUUAUAUUCUGUCAGUGUGUGUUUAUCUGUCUGCGUGGACACAGUGUUGUGUGCUCUUGAGGAGCAUGUAUGUGUGUUUCUAGUGUGAUAAUAAUGGGGUCAGGACCUUAUCUCCGGCUUCAUAAGUCGGAUCAAGUCCUUAAUUUUGGACCCAUAGAAUAAUAAAUUGCAAUUAUUAGCA